AUGGGAAAUAAAGUAUCAAACCUAAUGAAUAAAUAUGAUUCAAGAUAUGGUGAAUUAGAUGCAGGAAAAAGUGAAAAGUUUGUUAAAUCAUUUAUUAUAUCAUCAAUUGUAGUUUGUUUAAUUUUAGGCGGUAUUAUUUCAAUUAUUAUUGCAGCAAUUCAUGCUGGUCUUGUUGAUAAAGUUAUUGAUGUAGUUAAACCAACUGACACACCAACACCUUCAGCUUAA